CUUUUAUUUUUUGUUUUAUCUGCACUCACAAAACUAAAAAAAAUGGUUUACAAAGGACGUAAGAACGUAAAUAAUUCAAUAAAAAGAACACCGUAUGAUGCUACAAUGCAAACGAGAAUCAAAGUGGAUAAUAUUCUCAAGACUACGCAAGUGAGUAUUUUCAACAGUGACCCUGUAACGUGGAUACCGCAAGAUCAUGUUACAGACUAUAAAAGAGAGGUAGCAUGGCAUCUGUUUGAGAUAACCCAAGUGAUGAAUAUGGAAUGUUGGGGAGUGAUUGUAGACGCACUUUUUAAGGAACAAAGUAAAACUAUCUUUUCACUGGUCUAUCAACUCUCAAAAACGUAUCAUCGAUCUACACUUUCAUGCCUCACAAGUGCAUGGGAAAGUCAUGCCAUAUUAAAAAAGAUUUCCAGUAUAUUUCGCACACAUAUUAUUUUGUAUAAACCCAACUACAUACCCCAAUACAUCAAAGUAAAGACACACUAUCUAAACUUAAUUACCGCACGCUCCACAACUACCACUGUCGACAGAACUUUACUGAUAUACAGCGAGCCUAUCGAGUAUCUUUUCAGCAUGGAUUUCAACUUUCAACUCUCUGCAUUGACAGAUCUAAGAUUUAAACAGGAUAUCAAGACAUUUUUCGACAUGAGUAACUGUAUAAUUGAUAUCCAAUCGUUUGAUAAGAUUGGCAAUAUUGAUCCAGAUAUUGAGUGGACAAGAAGGGAACUCUUCCAGCAAAAGUUUAACGAAGAUCCAGCAAAAGUUAGAUACAAGGCCUUUGUAGCCCUUUGGUGCGAUUUUGGAUAUGCCGAUAGUUUCCCAGACGAAUGGUGGCCUUAUCCAGAUGAUCGACCAUUGGCGAUUCCAGAAUUUGUCCUCCUCUUAAUUAAAGUAUCUACCUCAUACGCUGGGACUGUAUUAAUUAUUUAUCAGGACAAACAUUAUUGCAUCUGUGGAGACAUAUGUGAAGCAGAAAUGAUGGUUUGUAAAAUCAGUGACAAUGGCGUCUUGACCAUGCCAUGUGAUCUACAUUACAAAGAUAUCGAUUCUACUUAUCAGAGGGAACCGUUACUUUCUCUUUACAAUAAUAAAAACUUGUUUGUAUACUAGAAAUGCAUUCGUCAGUCAUGCUUUAAUUACAAUAUGUGACUAUCACGUAACGUCCCUACUCCAAAUCUAACUGAAACGGGUUACAAAAUGCAAAGGAAAAGGGGAUCUUCGGAGAAAUUACCAUAAACGGCCAUCCUUCAUUUGCCCCGGUAAUGAACUGACAAGAUGAAUUUUCUCUCUCUCUCUCUCUCUCUCUUUUAAAAAAAUAUAAAAAUGAUUGGAGAGUUAUUUUGUUACAUAUUCAUGAAAAGAC